AUGGACCCUCCUGUUGGACCUCUCGUAGCCUCCGCCGAUCCGGCAACGGCCCCGUCCCAUACCCCGCUCCACGGCCAAUACACCUCCCUGGUCCCGCUGCAACCAUCGCAUGCGCAAGCUAUCUUCAAGCACCUCGGCCGGGAAGAAAACGCUUGGCGCUGGACAUACCUUUUCAAUGAGCCUUUUCUCGAGCUCGAAGAAUGCGAGGCAGCAUUCAAGGAGUGGAGCGUCUCCAAAGACCCGUUGUACUUCACUGUAUUCUCCGGUCCGGAAUCGGAUCCAUCAUCCGAGCCAGUGGGUGUGAUGGCAUACCUUUCCAUUGUUCCAGCUCAUAGACGAAUUGAGAUUGGGUGCAUCAUCUUCAGCGAGCAACUGAAGCAGACGCGUGCCGCCACUGAGGCUCAGUACCUUCUUAUGAAGAAUGCUUUCGAAGGCCUGGGCAACUACAGACUCGAAUGGAAAGCCAAUCAUUUGAAUAAGCCGAGUCUCGCAGCUGCUGCGCGGCUAGGAAAGCACGUGGUUGCCAAGGGGAGACGUAGAGACACAGCGUGGUUCAGCAUCACAGAUGAUGAGUGGCCGGUAAUCAAGGGCGGCCUGGAAGCUUGGUUGAGCGAGGAAAACUUUGAUGAGAAUGGCAAACAGCGCAAAGGUCUGAAGCAGUGCCGCGAAGCAGUGGAGGCCUAA